CGCGUUCCACUUAAAGACCUCCAAACUUGACCGCGUUCUUCAGGUUAUUAAUGAGCAAUUCUCGCAUCAUUUUCGUUAUCCUAUAGCCGCAUUCUUCGUCCUCAGUCAGAUCGGACAACAUGGGGGAAAAAACUGCCAGCGCCGCUCGCACUCCUGCGAAAGCGCCGCCCACGGUCAAGAAGGCACCUUCAACGGGCAAGCAACAGAGCAUUCUCGGUUUCUUCUCUAGGACAGGAGCAGCUGGAGCAGCAGGUGUUGCAAGCCCCUCGCCAUCCACCAGGCCGCCAUCCACAAGCAAGGACGACACCUCGGCCCAGUGCCUGAAAGAGACGAAGACUAAGUCGAAUGCGAUGCUCGUAUCGAGGCGCACCACCACUGUCACGCCUGUUCCGAGCAGCGAUGCCAUUGAACCCUCGAGCUCUCAAGAGAAUAGAGACACCGGUAUUGCUAAGGUGGUUAACGUCGGCCUCCACACACCCGCUGCAUCUGCUAAGACCGCGAAGAAGCAGGCUGUCAGUGCAAAGCCCAGCCUGCAUAGUAGUCCGUCUCGAAAGGCGAAGAAGACCGUGAACUACGCCGAGUCCUCCGACGAAGAUGAUGACGCGGUCUUUGCUACGCUGAAGUCUAGGAGAUCCACACAACGGCGUUCCCGUGCCGCAGUUCCGGACGAGGAUGAUGAUGAAGAUACAUACGAGGCGGCGGUCAAUGAGAUCGAAGAUGAAGAUGAUGACUUGGGAGAUUUCGUGGUUUCCGACGAUUCGGACGCGCCUUCCAGGUCGAAGAAGAGGAAACGGGCGGCAACCAAGUCUGCGGCCCCACGCAAAAAGGCCAACCACUCCUCAUCUCCUGCUCCCGACUUUCAAUCUCCGUUAGAAGACGAUGACGAGGUCAUGCAGGAUAUCCCACCCUCAACCUCAACUGCACAGAAAUGGAAGUACGAUCCGGACAAUGUGCAGCCUAGCGAGCCAGGCUCCCGGGCGCCCCUGCCCCCACCGAAGUUGGGAGGGCCAAAGCCGAAGCCUAAGCCGCACACAAAAGAGCCAGAGGAGAGAUACCCCUGGCUGGCCAACAUCCUAGACGGCAACAAGAACCCUCCUGGGCACCCGGAUUUCGAUCCAACGUCGAUUUACAUUCCACCAGCGGCCGAGAGAAAGUUCUCGGCGUUUGAGAAGCAGUAUUGGGACAUCAAGAAGAAGCUGUGGGACACAGUUGUGUUCUUCAAGAAGGGGAAAUUUUAUGAGCUCUACGAGAAUGAUGCAACAAUCGGACACCAGCUGUUCGAUCUGAAGCUCACCGAUCGCGUCAACAUGCGCAUGGUUGGCGUUCCUGAAAGUUCUCUAGACAUGUGGGUUAACCAGUUCGUGGCCAAGGGCUUCAAGGUUGCAAGAGUCGAUCAGAUGGAAUCGGCGUUGGGAAAGGAGAUGCGAGAGCGCGAGAGCAGCGCUAAGAAGGCUGACAAGAUCAUCCGGAGAGAGUUGACGUGCAUCCUUACUGGAGGCACGCUGGUAGACGGCAGCAUGCUCCAAGAUGACAUGGCCACCUACUGUGCAUCCAUCAAGGAGUACUUGGUCGACGACAGGCCCGCCUUUGGGAUCGCUUUUGUCGAUGCCGCUACUGGCCAAUUCUUCCUUUCCGAGUUCCAGGAUGACGUCGACCUGACACGGUUCGAAACGUUUGUCGCCCAGACAUCGCCCCGAGAGCUGGUUCUGGAGAAGUCGCGCUUGUCCAGCAAGGCGUUGCGCAUCCUCAAGAACAACACGGGGCCAACCACUAUCUGGAACUACCUGAAGCCAGGAACCGAAUUUUGGGAUGCCGAUCUCGCCAGACGCGAAUUGGACUGUAGCGGCUAUUUUGGCUCCGAAGAGAGCCAGGAAGACGCUUGGCCCAAGCAGCUGAGCGAGGCGAGGGACAAGGACUUGGCGAUGUCGGCUCUCGGAGGCUUGACUCACUACCUCCGCGUCCUGAAGCUCGAUCAGAGCCUGCUAUCGCAGGGCAGUUUCGAGUGGUACAAUCCUAUCCAUAGGAAUGGCACUCUGAUCCUGGAUGGCCAGAGCCUGAUCAACCUAGAGAUCUUCACCAAUACAGCCAACGGUGGUCCGGAGGGCACUCUGUUCAGCUUGCUCAACCGAUGCAUCACGCCCUUUGGAAAGCGCCUGUUUCGUCAGUGGGUCUGCCACCCGCUGUGCAACACCCAAAAGAUCAACGAGAGGCUCGAUGCAGUCGACAUGCUGAAUGCGGACCGUAGCAUCCUGCAGCAGUUCUCGACUCAGAUGACUAAGAUGCCGGACCUUGAGCGGCUCAUCUCGCGCAUCCACGCUGGUGCCUGCAAGCCGGAGGAUUUUGUUCGGGUCCUUGAGGGCUUUGAGCAGAUCGACUACACCAUGGGGCUUCUCCGUGCAUUCGGCGGUGGCAACGGAAUCGUCGACAGGCUCAUUGCAUCGAUGCCGGACCUCAAGGAGCCUCUAGGUUACUGGGAGACUGCCUUUGACAGGAAGAAGGCUCGAGAUGGCAAAGUGCUCAUCCCCGAGAGGGGCAUCGAAGAAGACUUUGAUAGCAGCCAGGACGAGCUGGAGCGGAUCAAGGAAGAGCUUCAUGCGCUUCUUGAGAGGCAGAAGACAGUCUUGAAGUGCAAGACGCUCAAGUUCACCGACGUAGGCAAAGAGAUCUACCAGAUCGAGGUGCCCAAGUCCGUCAAGGUCCCUGCGAGCUGGCGCCAGAUGUCUGCCACCGCAGCUGUCAAGCGGUAUUACUUCAGGGAGCUGGAGGAUCUGGUCCGGGAGCUCCAAGAGGCGGAGGAGACGCACUCGCAGAUCGCGAAGGAGGUAGCCUCGCGAUUCUUCAAGCGGUUCGAUAGCGAUUACGAGAUUUGGCUGCAAUCGAUCCGCAUCAUUGCGCAUCUCGACUGCCUGAUCAGCUUGGCCAAGUCGUCAUCUGCGCUGGGCGUGCCCAGCUGCCGCCCGAUAUUUGUGGACGGCGAACGAAGUCUGGUGGAGUUUAAGGAACUCCGCCACCCCUGCAUGAUCAAUACCGUCGCCGACUUCAUCCCUAACGACAUCAAACUGGGCGGCGAUGAGGCCAAGAUCAACCUUCUCACAGGGGCAAACGCAGCCGGGAAGUCGACCAUCCUCCGCAUGUCCUGCAUCGCUGUCAUCAUGGCCCAGAUCGGCUGCUACGUGCCCGCCUCGUCGGCGCGGCUCACCCCCAUCGACCGCAUCAUGUCGCGGCUGGGCGCCAACGACAACAUUUUUGCCGCCCAAAGCACCUUCUUCGUCGAGCUCUCCGAGACGAAGAAGAUUCUCGCCGAGGCCACGCCGCGCUCGCUCGUCAUCCUCGACGAGCUCGGCCGCGGCACCUCGUCCUACGACGGCGUCGCCGUCGCCCAGGCCGUGCUACACCACGUCGCCUCCCAUAUCGGCUGCGUCGGCUUCUUUGCCACCCACUACCACAGCCUGGCGGCCGAGUUUGCGCACCACCCGGAAGUGAGGGCGCGCCGCAUGCAGAUCCGCGUCGACGACGAGCAGAGGCGUGUGACCUUCCUAUAUCGCCUCGAGGACGGUGUCGCCGAGGGGUCGUUCGGCAUGCACUGUGCCGCCAUGUGCGGCAUCCCCUCGAAGGUGAUUGAGCGGGCCGAAGUGGCGGCCCGCGAGUGGGAGCAUACCAGUCGGCUGAAGGAGAGCUUGGAGCGGGCCAAGAUGGGCUGCUAUAUCCCGCUCGGUGUGCUGAGUGAUGUGGCCAACUUGCUGAGGUCUAAUGACGGGGAUCAGGGGGUGGAUGGUGUCGAGGUUGGUGAGCGCGGGGUGGAGGUAUUGUUGAAGGCUAUCGAAGCGCUCUGAUGGUUGGGGAGUGUUGGGGUUGGUAUUGCCUUUUUUUACUGGUUUGCUAAGGAAAGGUGCCAAAGGUGCUUUGCUUCCAUGUCAUGGAUAAUACUUGCUAGACAUAUUUGCUGUUCUAUGGGCGUCCUGGCUUAGGGCUAUAGGGGUAAAGUGGGGGGGUCGCUAUUUGUACCUCGGCCCAAGGGGUGCUUUGUCACUGUCAGAGCUUGUGUAGUUGCGAGAUACGUUGACGGAGUAGGUAAUUAAUGAUCCGGAGGAAUGUUGGUUUCUCAAGGCUAAGGAGCAGCGAGAGGUGAAGUUGGAGCUGUGCGUCCAUGCUGACCGUUCGUAGUCGAACGAUAUCUCGCUGUACAAAAUCAUCUUGGAUGUCCCUCAUCCAAGCCAAGUCACUGGCCGAUUUUUUUGAACAGAUAGGGACGUCUACGAGGAACGGC